AUGGCAGUCGAGUACGAGUUUGGCGGACCUCUUGGUGCCGCCGGCAUUGUCUUCGGCCUCCCGUUGCUGCUCUAUUCCUUCGCGUUUGGCUGUAACGAUGUUGCUGGCUGCCCCAUUCCUUCUCUGCUCCCUGGGCGUGCUCUGACUUGGGGGAAUGUGAAGGCAGAGACGGGCCUUGCAGAUCUCAGCAUAAACAGCUUCAUCACAUGGGAAGUUCUCUUCGUCACUGUCGGCUAUUAUGCUUACAGCCUGCUUCUCUGGAGACUUCUGCCUGCCAGCCAGGUUCACGGCACCAAACUGGUCCACCAUGGCCGCCCGCUGUCAUAUCGCUUCAAUUCAUUCUAUGCCAGUGUGGUUACACUCACCAUCUGUGCUGUUGGAACGUACCUGCAUGGUGCUCACUUCGCUGUCUGGACUUAUAUCGCCGACAACUAUGUGCAGCUUUUGACCGCUAAUAUCCUGAUCUCAUACGCUCUAUCUGUGUUUCUCUACAUCCACAGUUUUAGCGUGGACACGAAAUACCCCAACCGCGAUCUUCGCGAGUUGGCCGCUGGAGGCACCACCGGGAAUCUGAUCUACGACUUCUACAUCGGCCGCGAAUUAAAUCCCCGUGUAACUCUGCCAUUCUUCGGAGAAAUCGAUAUCAAGACCUGGUGCGAAGUCUGCCCUGGUUUGACCUUGUGGGCCCUGCUAGACCUGGCCUUCAUCGCCCAGCAAUAUCGCAACUACGGCUACAUCUCCGACAGUAUUGUCUUCACCGCUGUCGUCCAAGCGUACUACAUCUUCAGCAGCCAGUACGGCGAAUCCAGUAUCCUGACCAUGAUGGACAUUACCACCGACGGCAUGGGCUUCAUGCUCACCUUUGGUGACCUCGCCUGGGUUCCCUUCUUGUACUCCACGCAGUGUCGCUACCUCUCGACAUACCCCGUGCACCUGGGUUGGGUACACAUCGCUACCAUGUGCGCCGUUUUUAUCCUUGGGAUAUAUAUCUUCAGGGCUGCCAAUACCCAGAAACACGUAUUCCGAACCGAUCCUAAUAACCCUGCCGUAGCUAAGCUGUCUUAUAUCCAAACUAAGCGGGGCACACGACUCCUGACAGCUGGAUGGUGGGGGAUCUCUAGACACAUCAACUACUUUGGCGACUGGAUGCAGUCUCUCCCGUUCAGCCUGCCAACGGCACUCGCUGGAUACCUUAUUCUCCCGGCGGGUAGCACCGUAGGCGAUGCCAUUCCGAUGUUGGAUGGCCGACUGGUGGUUCAAGGACCCGCGGCUGGCUGGGGCAUGGUCUUUACCUACUUCUAUGUUCUUUACUUCGCCGUACUAUUGAUCCAUCGCGAAGGUCGAGACGAUGCCAUGUGUCGCAAGAAGUAUGGAGAUGACUGGGCGGAGUACAAGCGGAUUGUGCGAUGGAAGAUCGUGCCUUGGCUGUAUUGA